CCCAGGUGCUAGCCCUGUGGAGACUCCCCUAGAGCUGUGGAAGCUGGAGCUCCUCAAGCUUCCGGGCUGUUCCGUGUCACAGAGCUCCUGGAGACCUGGCCGUCCUGAGGCAAGUGCAGGUGUGGUGGAGUGUGCAGGAGGAUGUUUAGCCAGCAUGUGCUCGACUGUCCAGCUGUGAUCUUUGACAAUGGUUCCGGGUUGUGCAAAGCAGGGCUGUCGGGGGAGAUUGGACCCCGCCAUGUCAUCAGCUCCGUGGUGGGGCACCCCAAGCUCAAGAUGGCAGCAGCUGGGGCCAACCAGAAGAAGUACUUCGUGGGUGAGGAGGCGCUACACAAGGCUGACGUGCUGAGCCUGCAGUGGCCCAUCGAUCGGGGUCUGGUCACCAGCUGGGAUGAUGUGGAGAGACUGUGGAAACAUCUAUUUGAGUGGGAGCUGGGUGUGAAGUCUGGCGAGCAGCCUGUGCUCAUGACUGAGCCAUCACUCAACCCCCGCGAAGCCCGGGAGAAGACGGCCGAGGUCAUGUUCGAGGGCUUCAGUGUGCCAGCCUUUUACCUGUCAGACCAGGCAGUGCUGGCCUUGUAUGCCUCGGCUUGUGUCACAGGGCUAGUGGUGGACAGCGGCCAUGGCAUCACCUGCACUGUCCCCAUUUUCGAGGGCUACUCACUGCCGCAUGCUGUCAGCAAGCUGGCCGUGGCAGGCAGAGACAUCACGGAGCACCUCAGCCGGCUGCUCCUGGCUGGCGGUCGCACCUUCCCAUGUACGCUGGACAGGACAUUGCUGGAUGACAUCAAGGAGAAGCUGUGCUACGUGGCACUGGAGCCUGAGCAGGAGCUGUUGCGCCAGGCGGAGGAGGUGCUGCGAGAGUACAGGCUGCCUGAUGGGAGCACCAUGCGCAUCGGGGACCAGCUGUUCCAGGCGCCCGAGACCUUGUUCUCACCUGAGCAGCUGGGCGUCCAGGGCCCAGGCCUGGCUAGGAUGGUAGCCUGCAGCAUCACUAAGUGCGAUGCCGACAUUCAGAAGACGCUGUAUGGCGAGAUAGUGCUGUCAGGGGGCACCUCGCUGUUCCAGGGCUUGGAUGACCGGCUGCUGAGGGAGCUGGAGCAGCUGGCUGUCAAGGGCACCCCCAUCAAGAUCACAGCACCACCUGAUAGGUGGUUCUCCACCUGGAUCGGUGCCUCCAUCGUCACCUCGCUCAGCAGCUUCAAGCAGAUGUGGGUCACAGCAGCCGAUUUCAGGGAGUUUGGCACCUCUGUGGUACAGAGAAGGUGCUUCUGAAGGCUCCCCACCCUGACCCUGGGGAGGGAGCCCCCACUUGCUGUGGCUUGGAUGGAACAGUCAAUAAAACACAAAAUGGUGGA